ACGCAGGGUGGGGUCACAAGCAGGGAGAGGCGGAGGAGGAAAAGGCAGAGAGAGAGAGCCCAGCCCUUGAAUACACGGCAACAACACGCCGUCAGAGAGAGAGGGAGAGACACAGAGAGACUGGCUGUUUUUUGGGGGGAGCAAAGGGAGCCUUCGACGCUGCGGAUAUGAACUGAAAAGACACACUGGAAGAGACAGGGAUCGUGUUCCUAUAUCCCCAAAUCUUACUGUAAAGGUGGAAAACUAGCCCCCCCAAACCCUCCUUUCUCCCCACCAGUUCUUAUUCAGAUAGAGCUACACCCAAAGCCCCGACCGACCCCCUCCUGCUCCUGCUGCUCCACCCCUCCGCCGCUGCACCGCUCCGGCAACCGAGAUGCACACGGAGACCCGUAACAAGAAAUGCCAGUCGACUCCUAAGCAGAAGAAGAGUGCUGUCGGCGCCCAGAAGAAGCAGAGGAGCCCGGCCAAGCACAGCACCCUGACCCAGCAGCAACAGCCGCCGUCGUCAUCAUCACCGCCGCCGCCGGUAUCCCGGGUGGAGGAGGAGAAGGAGGAGGAGCCGGUGACCAGGCCUCGGCCGCCACAGGAGGAAGAGGAGGAGGAAGCAGGCGAGGAGGAGCGAGAGGAAGUGGCGACACAGUCUGUGAAGAAGAAGGAGAAGGAGGAGGAAGAGCAGGAGGAGGCAGAGGGGGGCGAGACAGUCAUGCCCUCUGUACAGAUCAAACCAGAGCCAGAGGAGAUGGAGUGCACGGCAGAUGUAGGUGACGACUGCUCACAGCCAACAGACUUGAAGGUGAAGACAGAGUUGCCAGUUUGCAAGACAGAGCCCUCUUCGCCCCAGCCGUGCGCGGCCGAGGAUCAGACCGAACCUGUCGACCUGUCGCUCAACAAGCCCCGCUCCUCUUCGCUCCCUGCUUCUACGACAAACACCACAGUCAACCCAGCACCCAGCGAUGCCGUGACCCAACCCAGCCUGUCAGCUACACCAGUCCCCUCUGCAGUACAGUCGAUAGGCUCCAUGGUGCUCUCACCGGGCUCCAUCUUGGCCACGCAGGGCGCCGGCGGUCAGCAGAUCCUGCACGUCAUCCACACAAUCCCCUCGGUCAGUAUGCCCAGCAAGGUGGGCCAGCUCCAGACCAUCCCUGUGGUGGUGCAGUCGCUGCCUGUUGUCUACACCACCAUGCCUACUGAUGGCGUCGCCACGGCAGCCAUUACAGUGCCGCUCAUAGGCAGUGAUGGGCGCUCAGAAGGAUCUGUUCGUAUUAAGCCAGGUUCGACGUCUCCGGUGGAGUAUCAGAGUGACAGCGAUGCAGAGAGCGGUACAGAGUCUGGAUCGGCCUCUCUCAGUGCCCAGAGCCUCGACGCAGGGUCAGUUAUGGACUUAGAACCUGUCGAUCCAGAUUCGCCGGACAUCAAGAGGAGGCGGAUCCACAUGUGUGACUAUGAAGGCUGUAAAAAAGUUUACACCAAGAGCUCCCACCUUAAAGCCCACAGGAGGAUACACACAGGAGAGAAGCCCUACCACUGUACCUGGGAGGGCUGCACCUGGCGCUUCGCCCGCUCCGACGAGCUGACCCGACACUUCCGCAAGCACACCGGAAUCAAACCUUUCCGCUGCACCGAGUGCGACCGCUCCUUCUCCCGGUCCGACCACCUCUCCCUGCACCGCCGCCGCCAUGUCAUGAUGUGAACUCUUGACCUCCUUCCUCCCUCCCCCACCCCCCUUUGACAAAGUCCCUCACACCCUCACAGCACAUCUUGUACCAGUGCCCCCCCCCCGUUUCCAUCCUCGCCUCUGCUGCCCCCACAUCAGGAUUUUAAUCAGCAGAUAAAAAAAGACACUGUACCUCCUCCUUCCUUCCUCCUCCUCCUCCUCCUCCUCCUCCUUUUCAUCAUGAAAUCACAGGAAAAUGAGGGAUGUGUCUGUGCAUUUGUGUGUGCGCCCAGUGGAGGUUUUUUACUGUGUGUGUUUCAACACAUCAUCAUCACCGUCCACCCAACACCCCCCAAAAACAGUCCCCUCCCUACCAUCCUCCAACUCCACCCGUCACGCGAGACGUCACCUCCUCAGACAGAGAGGGAUGGACUGAAGGUCGCCCAGCAGCAGGGGCGUUCAUCCAUCCAUCCAUCACAUGCAUCCAUCCAUCCACAGGAAAGGAGGAGGAAGAGGAGGAGUGACAUGUGUGUAUCACUUUCAAACCAGAAGGGGAGUCUUAAGCAGGAUGUCACUUCAGCUGCCCGAACAAUAUUCAUUCUGUACAUAUCCAGAGUUGGGAAGUAAUGUGACUGCAAAGCCAAAACAUGCCUCAAAUCGCUCCUUCUAACAACAGCAGCAUUUCCAGGAACCUUUUUAAGAACUCAAGAACUUAUCUAUCCAAUUUAUCCAUUGUGACUUGAGGAAUGAUGGCAAAAUGGAUGAGCUGAAUCAGGAGAUAUCUGAUCAAGGGAUAGGUUAACAAGACUACAAAAGUUUGAUACUCAGUCGGUGCUAUGGACACAUUUCGGUUGGUAACAAAAAAGUAUUAAAGUUCAAUUUCCAGCUCAAAAUCUUGGCCCAAGAAAGUCCCUGCUCUGGGACGACAGUCUACUACGAUAAACACAGUGACUCUGUCUCAAACAUAUAUGUAAUUGGACAUUUUUGCAAAAUCUUACAUUUCAAAUGCAAGAAAUCCGCAAAGCUCUUAGUUCCUGGGACUGUGUGGAAAAGGGUGUAAAAUAAUGGGUCUUGAAAGUGAAGGCUUCCCAUCCCUGUGCAUAUCAGCGUAUGAGUGUGUGUAUGCGCAUGUCACAGGCUUUUUCACAGCAGCUGAAGUGACGUCAAACAGGUAUUUCCUCUUUGGCAAACAUCUGUCUGAGAUCUAAAAGUAGAUUAUUGAGUCCCGACUCCCCUCCCCUCACACCCGCAUCACCCCGCACCCCCUCCCCUACCCCCCCUCCCCUCCCCUGGUACAGGGAGCUACAAGACUGUGAACUUUAUAAAGAUUCAUUUGUUUUCAUUGUAUCAAUCACAUUAAUGUCAUUUGCGUGUUCUCCCCCUCCCCCGCGCACACCUUCCUGAUUGUUCUUCGAUAACAGUAUUUGCUUUUUAUUGCGUCGUUGUUGCUGUUGUUUUUAUGAGAUAAGGCCUUCAGUUCUGUCUUUAUUUCCCUCCCCCUUUUCUUUGCCAUGUUUGGCACUCUUAACAGAAUGGCAUCCUUUUUAAAAAAACAAAAAAAUAUUCAGAUCCUUUUGUUGUGUUCUGAGGCUGUGAAAAAGACAGAGGAGACACAAAAGUAGUUUGAGAUUACAAGUAAAACUCUGGCGCAGGGAAUCGGGGAGCUUUUUCUGAGUGCGUGUUCUAUUGCGUGUGUUGUUCGUGUGUGUGUGUGUGUGUGUGUGUGUGUCUGUGGGUGAGUGUGCAUGUUUUGAGACAAACACAUAAUCAGAAUUUAAGAUUUUUACGAGUGUGUGUUCCGGGCACUUGUUCUUUUACCUCUUGCCCGUUGAGCCUUAAUAACUGAAGUCAAUCUGUAAGGGCGAAACCAGAACCACUGACAGAGGACGUUUGGCCACUUUGAGUCUCACUGUGAGCACCUGAUCUUUGCAGGAUUGGCAUGUUUUUCUUGUUACUUUCUGUGGGAAGGACAUUUCAUUACUUAGCUUGAAAACCAAGAGGCUGAAAGGUGCUACGUGAGUGACCUUUAAAAUUAACAUUUUAAUUUGGGUGACAAAAUCUAAACUAGACUCGAGAAACCUGGAAGCUUUUGCUGUCACAGUACCAGAAUUUUAAACUGCAAUACAACGACAGCGACACUCAAUACCACUUAAUACCACAGCAAGAAGAAAAAGUCAUAGGCACACACAAUAGGAUAUUUUUUCUUUAUUUAAAAAAUAUUAACCUGCCGUAACAGCCAUCAGUUCAGGGCCAGUUGAUUUUCUUCCUCAUAGUUUGAUUUGUGCAGCCUUGGGUUGAAAACCUGAUCUGUUUUUUUUUACAGUUUUGGUCAUACAAUUAAGAGAGAUUACAUUGUGUUAAACACUUGGUUUUGAAAAGGUAUCUAAGUAGUGAUACUUAGCAACCUUAGCUUGCAGACUUCUACUCACUAGUUUACAUAAUGAGCAACAGUUAUAGCAGGAAAUCUGCGUGACUGCCUUUUUUUGGGACACAAAACAUGAAAAGGGCAUUCCCAAGCAAGCAGAUUCAGAGAUAACAGAGGCGGGAAAUCACGUAGAGUUUACGGAGUUUAAGGAAAUAAUUAACAUCUAGCUGAUGAUGGAAAUCAUGGUCCUAUUAUUGGGAAAUUGUAGCAGUGACUGUCUCAUUUCAAAGACAAAUACUUUGACGAUUUGGAACCAAACAGCAAAAAACACCAUGAACGCCUCCUUUUAACCACUGAUAGCCGUAAUGCUAAAACUCUUAACGUAAAUGCCAUUUUUCACUGACUUCAUGACUGUCAAACAUCCGUGGAGCAGCAGGACAUGGAGCCAACAUGGCUGCCACUGAAAGCCACAGUGGCCACGCCGUCUGUCAGUGGUUCUGGGAGACACCAGGCACUGUGUCGGGCUGUCAGGGUCCGUAGUGCCUGCGAUUUAAACCGCGGGGAAACUUAGCGCUCUCCUCACUAGCAUUUCUACCAGGGUGGGGGUUUGUUCUCUUUCAACUGAGUUUGGUUCUCAGAACUUCAUUUAAUGCCUCAAAAAACUAGAGCGUAAUACUUUGUUGUCUUAAACCUUCCCUAAUAUCGACCCUGUGCUGAAAUCUGAUCAGCACAUUUUUCUAUAUCUGAUCAUGUCACAGAUAUAGGCAGUUGGAACAGGAUUGAACCCCUAACCCUGCCCCCCUAACCCACGCUGUCCAUGUCUUAAGUGGGCUGUUUUUCAGCUCCUGUUCUGGGCUGAACUUGAUUAUGCAACAUAACGCAGACCUCGCUCUAAGCGCUGUUCUGAACUCAGUAGUCGAGCACUAUAGCUGGUAGUUGUACUGCUGAUAUGCAGCUCACAUGGUUUGUAACGAGAACCUUUAAAAGGGAGGUCCGGAUGCGCAGGAGCCUGUGCUGUCGAUCACCGGACGCAGCCACCUCUGGAAUCACUUUCAGAAUAGACACCGAGAGCUGUGACACAGACGGCGAUGUCUUAAUCAAGGGGCUGAGGGUGUGAUCAGUGGAACACACUUUUCGCAGUCCUGAUGCGUCCCUUUACAAACAUAAAGGCAAAAACAGAUUUUGCUUUUGCAACGCUGUCCUAGUUAGCCAUUCGGAGUUACUGUUGUUGUUGUCAUUUCAAAAGCUAGUAAGCGAGAGCAAAACAUUUAACGCCUGACUUUUCACAGUACGGUAACCGAGAUGGACGUGCAGGCUUCCUGUGAGCUGAUUGCAUGCCAUGAACAGGGCAAAUUGUUGUUUGGUCUGUACACUGCAAAAAAAAUAAAAUAACUGAACUAACUCUAACUCUGAACUAAAUUCACUCACUUGUUCGGAGCGGUUUUGUUCUUUUCUGCAGUGCAGAGCAAAGCAAUGUUCCUGAUUCUUCUAACAUCCCCCCCGCUUCAACUUAAAAAAAAACAAACAUAGUUACUAAGCACAUCUUUCUAGAAGAGUAUAUGCAUUUGAUUGCAAUUUUCUUUCUUUUGUAAACUGUUGAUAAAAACAUUAAGGACAAUGACAAAUAAUUAAGGUAAAUCCAUGUAAAUAAAUGUAUAUAAUCAAAAAGUGCAGAGUAAAUGUAACGGGUGAAUUUCUAUUUUUAACACUGACUAGAUAAUGUGAAAAAAUCUUUUUUCUUUCUUCUUCUUCUGUUGGUUUGAUGAAAUGUGUUUCAUCACGUGUUGUUUCUUUUCAGAUCUAAUAAGACAUUUGUUUCGUAGUUUCUUAAAAACAAACAACAAAAAAAAGAAUUGGUCCCACUUGUGUUGUGCACACUUGUUGCAUGGAGAGUAGCCUUCUUGUUUUCUUAUAGUGAUGUUGGUGAGCAUGUCAGUGUGUGUGAGACUGUGGGGUUCCCUUAACAUUGAUGAGGAGAAAAAAAAACAUUGACAAUUAUUAAUUAGGGAUCCAUUUAUUAUUAUCAUUAUUAGAACAGAGCUUGACAUUUAUGCACUGGACCUCAUUUAGAUUAUCAACAUGAACAGGGAAACGCAAGAUUUAGUCGGUUUGGGUUGGAAAACACACGUUUCAGAAAAUUUCAGGUCAGAUGGGGCUAAAAAAUAUCAAUGUUUUGGUACAUGAGCAUGGAUUUGAUUUUUAGUUUCACUCUCCAGACUCAUAGAAGAUUAAUUACGUUGAAACGUACUAGUUAAACUUACAAAAUCUGUUACAAGACACAGGAAAGAACACAUAGUUGCCUACAGAAAUGAAAUUCCCAUAAUUAAAAUAUGCUAAUAAAUUUCUUCCUAUGUGAAAUUAAUUGGAGAAAAGUUUGACGAUAAUAUUUAAAAUAUUUGUAUUAAAUUAAAUGGAUCCCACGCCCCUUUAUUUCCAAGAACAUUUACCCCACGUAGCACAUGUAUGUGUCAUUAUGUAACUGAAAAUGAUUACAAGCACACUGAUCAGCUCUGGUGACCAUUACAUUAUAUUACAGAGAGACAAACACACACUGAGACCUCCAGUGUCACACUGAGGUCAGUGAUCACACCUCAGAGCCUGUUGACGAUGACCCAGACAAAGUUUAUUUUUUUGUUGUUUCUUUGGCGCUGGUGUUGGAGUUGUUGCAGGGAGACUGAUGCAUGUGUUCGUGUUUUUUCCUGCUUCCUGUUGGUUUUUUGCAGUUUGUGCGAGCUUGUUUUCCCCCUUGGUAUUCUUCUUGAUAUUCUGUUCAUGUAUAAAAGCAGGAAUGUUCAUCUGUGAACAGACAGUGAGACAUUUUAAAGAUCCUCAACUGAGACCUUGACGUGACGAGAGUUCACGUCCAAGGGUGACGUCACUGACUGUGUCCGUCUGUGUGCGAGUGCCUCGACUCACCUCGAAUCACUUUCCUCUGCAAAUCACAAAUUUUAGGUAUUUUCUAUUGAAUGCAGUAACUUAUGGGCCAGUACUAUAUUUACUCAGUGCAAUGCAGUUAUCAUUAUAAUAAUACAAUUAUUAAUAAUAUUUUUUCUUUUUUUUUUUUUUUGUAUUUGUACAGAACAAAUGUGUAAAGAUCAGUGAGGAAAACGUGAGCUUUUUGAUACUGUGACUCAUAGUGUUUAAAAGUCAGUUUCUCCCUGUACAGUUGUGAUUAUUUCCCCCUUCCUCCCUUCUUCUUUUAUAGAAUAAAAACUGUUUUUGGUGCAAUUUAA